CCUAUUUUGGCCGUGAACAGGAUCUGAUCCCAAGGACUGUUACCUCUGUUUCUUGUCUGGUGCGCAGUGUUAGAAUCGCAAUCAUGCCUUUCGGAAACACCCACAACAACUUCAAGCUCAACUACAAGGUUGAGGAGGAGUACCCUGACCUGUCCAAGCACAACAACCACAUGGCCAAGGUGCUGACCAAGGACAUCUACGCUAAGCUGAGGGACAAGCAGACCCCCAGUGGCUUCACCGUGGAUGACGUCAUCCAGACUGGUGUGGACAACCCUGGUCACCCCUUCAUCAUGACCGUCGGCUGCGUCGCCGGUGAUGAGGAGUCCUACGAGGUCUUCAAGGAUCUGCUGGACCCCAUCAUCUCCGACCGUCAUGGUGGAUACAAGCCCACUGACAAGCACCAGACCGACCUGAACUUCGAGAACCUGAAGGGCGGUGACGACCUGGACCCCAACUAUGUGCUCUCCAGCCGUGUGCGCACUGGCCGCAGCAUCAAGGGAUUCACCCUGCCCCCCCACAACAGCCGUGGCGAGCGCAGAGCCAUUGAGAAGCUCUCCGUUGAGGCUCUGACCAGCCUGGACGGCGAGUUCAAGGGAAAGUACUACCCCCUGAAGUCCAUGACCGAGGCCGAGCAGGAUCAGCUGAUCAAUGAUCACUUCCUGUUUGACAAGCCCGUGUCUCCCCUGCUGACCUGCGCCGGCAUGGCCCGCGACUGGCCCGACGCCAGAGGCAUCAUGCACAACGACAACAAGACCUUCCUGGUCUGGGUGAACGAGGAGGAUCACCUGCGUGUCAUCUCCAUGCAGAAGGGUGGCAACAUGAGGGAGGUCUUCAGGCGCUUCUGCGUCGGCCUGCAGAAGAUUGAGGAGGUCUUCAAGAAGCACAACCACGGCUUCAUGUGGAACGAGCAUCUUGGCUACAUCCUCACCUGCCCCUCCAACCUGGGCACCGGUCUGCGUGGUGGAGUCCACGUCAAGCUGCCCAAGCUGAGCACACACGCCAAGUUCGAGGAGAUCCUCACCAGGCUGCGUCUCCAGAAGCGCGGCACAGGUGGUGUGGACACUGCCUCCGUGGGCGGCGUGUUCGACAUCUCCAACGCUGACCGUCUGGGCUCCUCCGAGGUGGCUCAGGUGCAGCUGGUGGUUGAUGGCGUCAAGCUGAUGGUGGAGAUGGAGAAGAAGCUGGAGAAGGGAGAGGCCAUCGACAGCAUGAUUCCCGCCCAGAAGUAAAGAGGGACAAUCCAAUGUUUUUCUAGUGACCACAUCGUGUGUCGAGGCAUCAGACGGCACGCAGCGGACAGCAGCUCAUCUAGAGACUCUUGACUCUGCUCACCUCUUUUCCUUCCAGUUUUUUUUUUUCCUCCCCACCCUUUUUUCAUGUUCUCUCCUGUGUUGGUUGGUAACGUCCUGGGAUCAACCUCCACUACGCUGGGCUCGCCUGGCAGACGUGGCAUCACCUACUUUUUGUUAUAAAAAGUAUGAUUAUUGAUGCAGUUCACAUUGCUCAAUAAAACAAAUGCCCCAUGA